GCCCCUCCACUGCAGUCCUGGAGCUCACCACCAUCACAUGUCUUCGCACGUGCCCCCGCGCGGCGUAUGGUGCCCCGCCGUCACCUUCUUCCACCCGGACACGGACGAACUGCAACUGGACGCGCAGGCUCGAUACUUCGAAUAUCUGUCCACCACCGGGCUCGCCGGCCUCGUGGUGCUGGGCACGAAUGCAGAAACGUUUCUGCUGACGCGCGAGGAGCGCAAGGAACUGGUCGCGACCUGUCGCCGCGCCGUCGGCCCAGCAUUCCCCAUCAUGGCCGGCGUGGGCGGCCAUUCGACGCGCCAAGUGCUGCAGCACAUCGACGACGCAGCCGACGCCGGCGCAGACUCCGUCCUCGUCCUCCCGCCCGCCUACUUUGGCCCUGCCACGACGCCACAGGUCCUCGAGCGCUUCUACGGAGACGUCGCCGCGCGCAGCGCCCUGCCCAUUAUCAUCUACAACUUUCCAGGCGUCUGCAAUGGCGUCGAUCUCGACUCGGCCUUCAUCACCACCAUGGCCCAGCGCCACCCCAACAUCGUCGGCGUCAAGCUUACGUGCGGUUCUGUGGCCAAAAUCACACGUCUGGCCGCCGUGCUCCCCCAAAGCCGCUUUUCCGUGUUCGGCGGACAGUCCGACUUCCUCAUCGGAGGCCUGAGCUCGGGGUCGUCAGGCUGCAUCGCAGCCUUCGCCAACGUCUUCCCCAGGACCAUAUCGCGCAUCUACCAUCUGUACCAGCACGGCGCCAUCGAUGAAGCGCUCGCCUUGCAUCAAAAGGCGGCCCUGGCUGAGCAGCCCAUCAAGGCGGGCAUUGCGGCGACCAAACACGCGGCCGCAAUCCACAGCGCCGCAUAUGCCGGCAUCGAUAACGCUGUCGCGCUGUUGAGACCGCGUAGACCCUAUCUUGAACCGGCUGACCCCGUUAAGGAGCGUAUCCGGUCGACCAUGGCAGAGGUGGCCAAAAUCGAACAGAGUCUGUCCACGGUCAAGCGGCCUAAUGUAGUCGAAAAGGUAAAUAUACCUUUUCCGCAGCUACACGCAGCGUCCCGGCUCUAACACCCAGGUAGCUGAAAUUUCCAGAUAUAUAGGAUAGAUGGAGAAAUGUUGGAAGCUCAAAU